ACGACGACGAGGACAGCGACGUCUCCCCAGCACCUACGCGCUUAUUCUAUCUCUCCGCUCCCCCGGCUGUUGUCUGUGCAAAGCUGUGCUCUCUCUGUCUGCUGUGUCUGCUGUUAGCCUCCAAUCCACCCCGCGUUUUCCUCGUCCUACCGGGUAACGAGGUGUGAGUCGGCCUUGCACCCACCACUAUUCACCACCACUACCACCACCGAUCCGCAUCGUUUUCUCUCUCUGUGGCCGAUACCCCCCAACAAGCCCUCCAUCUUGAUAUAUUUAUAUACUGUUCUUGUGGCUGCUGCUGUAGAGACAUGGCUUUGUGAUCGUGUGCAGAGCCGUCGUCUUCUCUCAUCCCCCCGACAGCCCCUUUGUCUACUUUCGUAUGGCUCCCAGAUAGGUCAGGUUUGACUGCACAGUCAACGCAGUAUCAGCGCGUCCACUAGGAGUUAUCUCUACACAAUCUGGGGGGCAUGAUGAACCAUCAUCUCCCCCCGAUGCACCAUGGCCAGCCGCCUAUACCGGCUCCGAGAAGGCAGCAUGAGAUACCUUACGUGUCGGGGCCUCCCAACAUCCGGUCCACCCCCGGCUAUAUGGGCUAUCACCAGCCUCAUGCCCACGCGAAUGGCCCACCAACUGCUCUCCACCCAGCGCAAGCGCAACAAUAUCAGCACUGGUAUCCUUACCAACAAGCCCCUCCUCCACACCCUCCACCACCGCAACAGUUUCAACCAAAUACGCUUCUAAUUGUUUCGUCCUACCCUCGUUCGCAGCCGCCUCUGCCUACGCUUUCGGGGCCACACUACACACAUUCUCAUAUACCCUCACACUCUAGCACCACGUCUUCCACCCCUUUACAAUCUUCAUUCUCUCCCACGCCAACUCCUCCUUCAGCUCCAGGUUCAGCUGUUCAGAGUAGUCACGGGAACUUACCUGCCAGCCCUGUCGUCAGUUCUCUACCUUCUCAACCGGCAAGUUCAAACCACAGCAAGGGCAGCAGCGCUGGCCCUGUGCCUCAAAUACACCCUCCUUCUCAUACAGUACAUGCACCUGAAAGAACCAAAACCGCAACUCCUCUAUCAAGACAACUCUUCCAACCACCCCUUCCUUGGCUCUCGGUUCCCGAAGCUCCCUUUCCUGCUAGGGCUCCCCGUCGACGACGGAAGGCCCGAAUUUUGCAAACAUCCACAGUACGAGUAGAGUUUUCAACGAACGCUGAACAAUCUGAUGUGGCGGCCGAGGAAUGCACACCCAUUGAAUGUCACUCGAAGAACGCACCAUCAGAGUUAGAAGGAGAAGCCCCUGCAUCUCCUCAACCCUCCUCAGAAACGAGCCCCGUCCAACCCAACACUCCUUCGUCCACUGCUCCUGUUCAAACAUCGGCACAGUCGCAACAUACCCCAGCGCAGACUAGCGGCGCGCGGCAAGCUGCUCCUAUUGUUCCUAUCGUGCCAAUAAUUCCUUCCAGCCCCAACACAGCAAAACAACCAUCUACCAGCACUGCUAAGACUACCCCUGAAACCCUGAAACGCGAUGGACAGGUUCCACUCAGUUCCACCCCAGAUGGGGCGCGGACGACGGAUAAUGCACUCUCGCCAACGGAGUCCGCCACCGUAACACAGGAAGCUCCUAAACCCACAACUCCAGUCCGAGCUCCCCCAAAGUCGUGGGCUGAUCUUGUGCGAACCGCGGCACCUACGGCUACUAGCGGCGCCUCGCCCACAACUACUGGGAUCGGUGGCCUAGGAGUGUCUAAAGGCGAAUCUCUCUUUGAUGUUAUUAACAAUCUAGGCUCCAACUCUGAACGAGAUGGUGGCAAAAUUGCAUUUAUUGAGCCGCGCGGGCUUUUAAAUACUGGUAAUAUGUGUUAUAUGAAUUCUAUUCUUCAAAUUCUGGUUUUUUGUGUUCCGUUCUAUGAGUUUCUUGACAAAAUCGGCCGGCGAGCGGUUCAUUCUUUUAAGAGCGAUCUUCCACUAAUUGAUGCUAUGAUCAUGUUUAUGCGAGAAUUUCGGGUAAUUGAUGCUGCUACCUCCGUUGAGAAAUUAAGACUCCGAUUGAAGCAAAACGAAUUAGAGCUAUACGGCGAAUCAUUCAUUCCGGAAUAUGUUUAUCAAGUCAUUAGACAUCUUCCGCGGUUUAGAGACAUGCGGCGCGGCCACCAACAAGACGCACAAGAAUUUCUUGGCUUCCUGCUUGAAGAGCUUCAUGACGAGUGCACCCAGGCAGUUAAACAAGCUACAUCUACUGCAUCUGACAUUUCCACGGCCGUUGAAGCUGAUUUCGUAUCCGCAACGUCCGAACCUUCUGUGGAAGGAUGGUUGGAAGUUGGCCACAAACAGAAGCCUGCAAUCACCCGGUCAUCUGGGCACAUCUCUGCAGAAUCUCCAAUUACGAAAAUAUUCGGUGGAAAACUCAGAUCAGAGUUUAGAGUGCCAGGAAACAAAAACUCCGUUACCCUCGAGCCUUACCAGUCUCUUCAACUUGACAUUGGCUCUCCACAGGUCAACAAUAUCAUUGAUGCGCUUAAAGGCCUCACGAAGCCGGAGACCAUGCAAGGCGACUUCAACUCGUCGCGUGGCCCCAAAGUUACGGCUACAAAGCAAGUUUUCAUCGAAAGCUUACCCCCCGUCCUCAUUCUUCACCUAAAGCGGUUCCAAUAUGAUAACGUUACCAAGGGUACCCAAAAGAUUUGGAAAAAGGUUGGAUAUCCUCUGGAAUUGGAGCUUCCCAAGGAAGCCUUCCCACCUCAUCGACGCAACAUUAUUUCUGCUCAAGGUAGCGGCCUUCCCAAAUACCGUCUCACCGGAGUCAUAUACCACCACGGCAAAAACGCGAGCGGCGGCCACUAUACUGUUGAUGUUCGCAGGCAAGAUGGCCGUGAAUGGAUCCGCCUUGAUGACACUGUGAUCCGCCGCGUCAGGAGCGAGGACGUCGCGAAUGCUGGAAGUGAGGAGGACCCCAAGGUUCUUGCUGCGGCCCUCGAGCAGCACAAGAUUGCGAAUACAACACCACAGGGAAAUAUCUUCGAACAGUUCGAUAUGGAGCAGCAGCAAAGACAUGAGAAUGAGCAAGGAUGGAGCCAUGUCAACGGCCACACAAGCGGCAGUGGCAGUGGCCAUGCAGGCAAGAAGUCCAUGGCUGCUGUUGUUAACGGAACAACCUCGCCGUCAGGAGAGUCUUCGUCUGGCAAGCGGACGCCGAGCAGCAGCCGAUAUGGGUCUGGAGUACGUGAUAACAAAGUUGCCUACCUCCUCUUCUACCAGAAGAUUUAAACAAAAUCUUCCUCAUGAAUACCCUAAUUUGUCUGAACUCCUUCAAACCCCCAAAUUCCGAACUCCUACCAACUCAACCUCACAACCUCAAUGCCAAACCUGUGUCCCACACCCACACCUCCGUUCCAUUCAUCUAUCCAACCUCCUCCUCGCCCCCUUGUCACCCCAUCCCGUCUUUUCCUUCUUACCAUCUGCCUACAUGUAUCUCGAAACCUCUCAUAUGAGCCAAAUCCAGAGGGCGCGCGCCCCAUUCUACCUAGGCAAUGCAUGAGAUCUAUUAUAUUACACUUGAAAAUAUGACAAAAUAUUGUUGUUGAUGUUGAUGAUGAUGUUGUUGUCGUUGUCGUUGUGGAACUUCAUUGUUGUAUAUUGGGCGUUGUUGAAACGGAACGCAAGACAUGGGAGAGAAAAGAGAAAUAAAACUAUAUGCGCCGGAGGAGGGUAAAGAUGAAAUACAUAAUAUGAUAAUUUUUACCGAGUUUAUAUGACAUUCCUGCCUCUUUAUUUACGUGACUUCUUAUUUUCAAAAUAGUAAAAGGAGGAUACUGUAAUGCUAACCGACGGGGGCUUAUAUGUAUGUACUGCAUGCACAUUGAUUACCGUACCUUGGUAAAUACCUUUCCCUUAAUUUGUUCCAAGAGAGAGCAGGAGAUGAUUUUUCUAAUAAUUAAAAAUAAAUAAUAUCCAUUCACAAGCGCAAAAAAAACCUACAAAUAGCAACAAAAAAAUAAAUUAAAAAUACAAAUAUCUC